AUGGAGCAGACUGGUGAGAUGGGGGAGAUUGGACGAGAAGCUCGCCAAGAAGGUGGAAAAGAUGAGGAAUUUCGGGUUCAGCCAAAAUGGAGGAAGUUCUUGGCCCAUGUUGGGCCUGGAGCUCUUGUGGCCAUUGGCUUCCUGGAUCCUGGCAACUUGGAAACUGACAUGCAAGCUGGGGCUGACUUCAAGUACCAGCUUCUCUGGGUGAUUUUAGUUGGAAUGGUCUUUGCACUUUUGAUCCAAACACUAGCUGCCAACCUUGGAGUGAAGACAGGGAAGCAUCUUGCUGAACUCUGCAGGGAAGAGUACCCGCGUUUCGUCAACAUUUGCUUGUGGAUCAUCGCGGAGCUGGCAGUGAUAUCUGAUGACAUCCCUGAAGUGCUGGGCACAGCCUUUGCAUUCAACAUACUGCUCAAGAUCCCAGUGUGGGCUGGAGUCAUCCUCACGGUGUUCAGCACCCUCUUGCUUCUUGGAGUGCAGAGAUUCGGGGCCCGCAAACUGGAGUUCAUCAUAGCGGCUUUCAUGUUCACCAUGGCGGCCUGCUUCUUCGGGGAGCUGAGCUACCUGAGGCCGUCCGCGGGAGAGGUUGUCAAGGGCAUGUUCGUCCCCAGGCUCCAAGGGAAAGGUGCCGCGGCCAACGCGAUCGCACUCUUCGGCGCCAUCAUCACGCCGUACAACUUGUUCCUGCACUCGGCUCUUGUGCUCUCGAGGAAGACCCCACGAUCAGUGAAAAGCAUCAGGGCUGCCUGCAGGUACUUCCUCAUCGAGUGCAGCCUCGAGUUCGUGGUGGCGUUCCUCAUCAACGUCGCGGUGGUCGUCGUCGCCGGAUCCAUCUGCAACGCAGGCAACCUCUCCCCGGACGAUGCCAACACGUGCAGUGACCUCACCCUGCAGUCCACCCCUCUGUUGCUCAGGAAUGUUUUGGGGAGAUCAAGCUCCGUCGUGUACGCUGUUGCGCUGCUGGCUUCUGGACAGAGCACCACCAUUAGCUGCACAUUUGCUGGGCAGGUUAUCAUGCAGGGGUUCCUGGACAUGAGGAUGAAGAACUGGGUGCGGAACCUGAUCACGCGAGUCAUCGCCAUCGCUCCCAGCCUCAUCGUCUCCGUCGUCAGCGGGCCGUCAGGCGCCGGCAAGCUCAUCAUCUUCUCAUCGAUGGUGCUGUCGUUUGAGCUGCCAUUCGCGCUCAUCCCGCUCCUCAAGUUCUGCAACAGCAGCAAGAAAGUCGGGCCCCUCAAGGAAUCCAUCUACGUACGCUUGCAUGCCACCCCGGCUGCCCUAUAUGUACUCUUGUACACGUACAUUCCCACACUUUCAUGGACGUACGUGGACUGGGUGGUGCACAACCACCUCCCCAAGUACGCCAACGCGCUCGUCUCCAUCGUCGUCCUCGCGCUCAUGGCCGCCUACCUCGUCUUCGUCGUCUACCUCACGUUCAGGAGGGACGCGGUGGCCACGUACGUGCCAGUGUCGGAGCGCGCGCAGGCGCAGGUAGAGGCCGGCGGCGGGGCGCAGGGGGUGGCGGCAUCGGCCGCUGACGACGCCGACCAGCCGGCGCCGUUCAGGAAGGACCUGGCCGAUGCCUCCAUGUAG